GAAAAAUCAAUCCCUGGAAGCCACGAAGUGAGAAUUUCUUGUCAUUGAAGGUACCCCUCUUUUGUUGCUUGACCCUCAAUCAAAGACCCAUCUUUUCCGUUUUGCUUCGGCAACUUCACCAGAAGCCCUAAUCUCCAUACCCACCUUCUUCUUCUUCAUCCUCAGUCUUUACCUCCUUAUGGGUCGCGAGACGUUGCCAGUUCCAGCUGCACCAGCCCCAGUAGUGACAACACCGAAUCCAACGACACCAGUAGUAGCACCCCAAGCUCCUCCUACAUCACUUGCUCCUGGGUUUCGCUUUCACCCAACUGAUGAGGAACUCGUUAUUUACUACCUUAAGCGCAAAGUUUGUGGAAAAACUUUCCGAUUUGAUGCAAUCUCUGAAGUCGACAUUUACAGAAGCGAGCCUUGGGACCUAGCAGAUAAGUCAAGGUUGAAGACGAGGGACCAGGAAUGGUAUUUUUUUAGUGCAUUGGAUAAGAAAUACGGUAAUGGAGGGAGAAUGAACAGGGCUACUAGCAAAGGAUACUGGAAAGCCACUGGGAAUGACCGUCCAGUGAGGCAUGAACAAAGGACUGUGGGGCUGAAAAAAACUUUGGUAUUUCAUAGUGGGAGGGCUCCAGAUGGUAAGCGUACCAAUUGGGUUAUGCAUGAGUACAGGCUUGUUGAUGAAGAGCUGGAAAGAGCUGGAAUUGGGUCCACCCAGGAUGCAUACGUUUUGUGUAGAGUAUUUCACAAAAAUAACAUAGGACCUCCAAAUGGUCAACGUUAUGCACCUUUCAUUGAGGAAGAAUGGGAUGAUUCAUCAGCACUGAUUCCAGGGGCAGAGCCUGUUAAUGAAGCUACAGCCAUCCGUCGUCCACUCAUUGAAGGCAAUGGUCAUGUUGGCUGUUUUGAAGGAACUAAUGGUGUCCAGGAUACCCAAUCCAUCAAUAAAGCUCCUCUUGAUGUGAAUAAGCUACCAAUUGAAACUCAAAAUCUGCUAGCUGUCUGCAAGAGGGAGAGCAUGGCUGAGUAUCCGUCACCCGAAAGGGAUAAUUCUAAAACUAUGGAUGAGUACCCAUCACCACAAACCGAUAAUCCGAAGCCAUUCUCGCUAAUAUACAAAAGAAGGCGGCAUAAUUUGAACACUAGUCAUUCAAAUGCUCCUGAGCAUUCAGCCCGUAACAGCCAGGAUCCAUGUUCAUCGAUAAUAACAACCGCAGCAACAACACUUCCAGCUACAACCACCACAACAACUGCCAGUGCUUCGACGAGAAAACAUUUCUUGUCUGCGUUGGUGGAGUUCUCUCUACUUGAAUCUCUUGAACCCAAGGAAAGUCCUUCGACUCGCGUGCCACAAUUUGACCCCUCUACUCUUGACGCUCCUGUGCCUCCUAGCUGCUUGAAAUUCAUCCAACAGUUGCAGGAUGAGGUUCGUAAACUCUCGGUUGAGAGGGAGACAAUGAAAUUUGAGAUUAUGAGUGCUCAGGCCAUGAUAAACAUCCUGCAAUCGCGUAUCGAUGCGCUGAACAAAGAGAAUGAGGAGUUGAAGAGAGGCAAUUAGAGAAUGCUUAGGAACUGGUUGUGUACAUGUGCAAUCUUGUUCUUGCUAUUGUACCAAUUUCAGCACAGCAAUAGUGCUUCUUCCAGUUCAUGUAUUAUUUUUCAAGAGUUAGUGGUAACAGGGGAGGUGAGUAAUCUGUUAGUAAGGAAGGGACUCUAUAAACGUGGGGGAAGUAUAUUUGUGUAUAAUGUGAGAAAUGGAUUUAAUAUAGUUUUAUAGUCUAAAAACUCAUGUAUCAAAUGAUAUCAGAGCCAAUUCACACUAUUUGAUGCAUGGUAAAGGUAUUUAUCAGGAAUAUUCGAUAUGAGUAUCAAAUGAUGUAAAUUGGCUCUAAUAUUGAUUGGUACAUGAGCAUGAGUAUUUAGACUAUAGGACAAUAUAUAGAAUCCAUUUCUAACAUGUUACACCAAUAUGAUUCCUUAUUUAUAGAGUUCAUUUUUCACUAUCAGAUUACUAACUUGUUAAUCUUCCCUGUAGCAAUUAGGAUCUGUUGUAGUUUUCAACUUAAACUAGAUUUCCCAAGAGACUUGAACUUUUUAUUUGCAUUGUGUAAUCUGUAAGGCUUUUAGUUGCCCAUUGUUGUGAGAAUGGUAAUCUGGACUUCCUUC